UCCUUGCCCUCCCUCAUCCCAACCCUCACAUGCUGCCUCACAAUCUCUCCUCCUCUUCUAAAGCAAUAUGAAAGCUCGCUUCUGGGAUGGAUCCGAAGACCCCUGCCCCCACGACGAGCGCGGCAGACCACCCUACGUGACGCUCCGCGCACCAGACCGCUCUGCUACUUCUCCUUCACCGAAGGUGCCGGCGAAAGUGCCGCCUGGGAGCGCGACGUGGUAUCUCUCGCAUUCGACGCAUGAGCGCUGGAGGGGAAAGCGGAAUGUGCGGCUGCGGUGGGUGAAAGCGGAGGAAGGCGAUGAGCAGGGCAGCAUGGAGCUAGAGUGGUCGUGGCAAGAGAUGGACCGAGACGAGGUACAGCGAGUGCGCGUAGCCGCUGCUGCUAGCGAGCAUCGCUAUGUCGUGCUUGGGACGGGGAAGGAGGGGACUUUGGAGGGUUGGAUGAUUGAGACGGAGUAUGGGAUUGAGGAUUCUUCGGGCGAAGUCCGUGGCGAUUGGCGUUCUAGUUGGCUUGUGUUGUUCGCCCCCGCGACUGGACUCGAGUCGGCUGGUGUGGAUGUCCUCACGACGAGGCUGAGGAUUGAGAAGGAGACGAGGAGAAUGUAUGUGGCGAAGGCUUCGACUGUAGAGCAGAUCAAGGAUGCGUUUCUUGGGAUGGAUACAGACAUUCCCAAGGAUCUUCUAAGUGAUUUGUUUGAGGUUAAGGUUGACGAUGAGAGAGAUCAAGAUGAGUUGCCGAAAUUGAGCCCCAAAGAGCAAGGGAUCUGGAGUCCGGGAGAUGACAUCGAUGAGACUAAAAUCAAUGAGCCUAAAAGUGAUUGCUGGAAGUGCGUUGUUCAGUAAGCUGUAUUGAUGGAUCUACGAGGAACUGAGAUUCAUAGUAGAUGUGAUAUAAAGAUUCUGAUAUGUACAAAAGCAGAAAAGUAUAUACAGGAAAAAGAUGAAACGAUUGGGAUG